AUGGGCGAGACCAUGUCCAAGAGGCUGAGGUUGCACCUGGGCGGAGAAGCAGAAAUGGAGGAACGGGCGUUUACCAAUCCCUUCCUGGACUAUGAGGCUGUCGCCAACGUGGUGCUUGCUGCCGGAGGGGCCGAGGAGACUGGUUGUGCUCGACCUCUGUCCACUACGGAUGAGCUCAGUCUUCCCUUUGACAACGAUGGGAAGCUCGUUUUUAGUUUCACAAAGCGCAUCCAGACCAAAAUUAAAGAUCUGGUCCAGCAAAUGGAAGAGGGAUUGAAGACAGCUGAUCCACAUGACUGCUCUGCAUAUACUGGUUGGACAGGAAUAGCGUUAUUGUACCUCCAGUUGUACCGGGUCACAUAUGAUCAAACCUAUCUAUUCCGAUCCUUGGAUUAUGUGAAGAGGACGCUUCGGAAUUUGAAUGGCCGCAGGAUCACCUUCCUCUGUGGAGAUGCUGGGCCCCUUGCUGUUGGAGCUGUAGUCUACCAUAAACUGAAAAAUGACUGUGAGUCCCAGGAAUGCAUUGCAAAACUUUUGCAGCUCCAGAGAAGCAUUGUGUGCAGAGAGAUAGAUCUCCCGGAUGAGCUGCUCUAUGGCCGUGCAGGUUACCUGUAUGCCUUACUGUACCUGAACACAGAGAUUGGCCCAGGCACCGUGUGUGAGUCAGUCAUUAAAGAGGUAGUUGAUGCUAUUCUUGAAUCGGGUAAGACUCUGUCAAGAGAAGAGAGAAAAGCUGAACGCUGCCCACUAUUAUAUCAAUGGCACAGGAAGCAGUAUGUUGGGGCAGCCCAUGGUAUGGCUGGAAUCUACUACAUGUUAAUGCAGCCAUCAGCAAAAGUGGACCAAGAAACCUUGACUGAAAUGGUGAAACCUAGUAUUGAUUAUGUGCGUCACAAGAAAUUCCGAUCUGGGAAUUACCCGUCAUCAUUAAGUAAUGAGACAGACAGAUUGGUCCACUGGUGCCAUGGUGCCUCUGGUGUCAUCCACAUGCUUAUGCAAGCAUACAAGGUUUUUAAAGAGGAGAAGUACUUGAAGGAUGCUAUGGAGUGCAGUGAUGUGAUUUGGCAGCGAGGGUUAUUACGGAAGGGCUAUGGGAUCUGUCAUGGAACAGCUGGAAAUGGCUAUUCCUUCCUGUCUCUGUAUCAUCUCACACAAGACAGAAAAUACCUCUACAGAGCUUGCAAGUUUGCAGAGUGGUGUCUUGAUUAUGGAGCACAUGGGUGCCGCAUUCCUGACAGACCUUAUUCUCUGUUUGAAGGCAUGGCUGGUGCCAUCUACUUCCUCUCCGACAUCCUCGAACCAGAGACUUCACAGCUUCCAGCAUUUGAACUUAGCUCUUCGCAGAGGGGUAAAAAGCUGCAAAAAGAAAACUAA